AUGCCAAAGGAUGCAAGACGCGUCCAAGGCACCAGCGUGCCGCGGCGCAAGGUGAGGUUGUGCCGAUUCUUCGCCGUCUCGGGACUUUGUAAGUGGGGCAACAGUUGCUACUUCGCUCAUGGCGAGGCAGAACUCGUGCUGGGCAGCGACGCAGCGUCACAGCAGCAGAUCAUAUCCGAGUGCUCCUCUCGAGCUUGGGAGGAUGCCCAAGGAGGAUGUUGUAGCUUUCCACAAGCCCUAGCCGUUCGGCUUGCCCUUCGAUUUGAGGCUCAACCGCAGAACCUCCUGCCAACGAUGGAAAAGACAGGCCUGCCGGUCUCUGGAGAUGGAGCCCGUGCAGCAGUAAAAGUGCUGCUGAGGCUUUGUCAUCCUGACAAGUGUGGUCAUCCGGAGGCCAAGAAGGCCGUCCAGAUCCUGGGACCCUUGCUGGCGAAGUGCAAUUCCUGA